AUGAUAAUAAAGCGCAAUUUGAAAACCGGAAUCCAUAACCUCAAACGAUGUAGUAAGCUAACAGAAUCCAAGAAGCGCAAGCUCGAUCAAGUUUACACUCAACCCACUCCAACGCCACCUGCUGAGCUCAAUCAUGAUCCAGUGCGCUCACCCCCACGCCGCACUAGGAUUCUUCCCUCCAGAUUCAGCGAUUCUGUUCUUGACACCUGGACACAUCACUGUGAUUCGGACUACCACCACUCUCUCAAUUCAGUUAAGACGGUUAAAACAAGCGUUAACGGAAUCCGUUCUACUCUCCUCAAAACUGAGAUUAACUGCAGAAAGAGGAAGGACGUGUACAAGCUCGACGAAUUUGUGUUGGGUGACAUAGUUUGGGCAAAAUGCGGCAAGAGCUACCCGCCUUGGCCUGCUCUCGUUAUUGAUCCUCUCUUGCAAGCUCCCAAAUCCGUCCUCAGCCGCUGCAUUCCCGGCGCGAUUUGCGUUAUGUUCUUUGGCUAUUCCAAAAGCGGAAAGCAGCGGGAUUAUGCAUGGGCGAAGCAGGGAAUGUUAUUCCCCUUCUUGGAGUUCAUGGAUAGAUUCCAGGGGCAGACUCAGUUGUACAAGAGCAAGACAAGUGAGUUUCAAAUGGCUAUGGAGGAGGCCAUGUUAGCGGAAGAUGGAAUUCUGGACACACAAUUGCUACCCGAGCAAAUUGGCGAGCAUUUGAAAGGUGCAGGUUCCAAUGCUGAGCAAGACCAUUACAGCCAAUGCCAGGAUGCGGUAUCCUGUGCUGGGUGCGGUUUGAUGUUGCGGGUUAAACCCAAGAAGAAGAUGAAGGAUUCACCUCUACCUUAUUGUAAACACUGUGAUAAGUUACAAAAAUCAAAACAAUAUUGCGGCAUUUGCAAGAAGAUUUGGCACCACUCGGAUGGUGGGAAUUGGGUAUGCUGUGAUGGUUGUAAUGUUUGGGUGCAUGCUGAAUGUGACAAAAUUUCCAGCAAACUUCUCAAGGAUUUGGAAAAUAUGGAUUACUAUUGCCCAGACUGCAAGGGAAAGUUCAAUUAUAAAUUAACAGCACCGCAAAUCUACAAGUCAAAAAUAAAAUCAACAGAGAGUAGCAAAAAACCUGCAAUACCUGAAGAGCUAGCGGUGGUAUGCAAUGACAUGAAAGGAAUUUACCUUCCAAAGCUUCAUUUGGUUAUGUGCAAGUGCAGCUCUUGCGGUACAAGAAAGUAUAAUCUUCCUGAAUGGGAACGACAUUCAGGAUGCAAAGCCAAAAAAUGGAAACAUACUGUGAAAGUGGAAAGCACAAUGCUACCGCUAAUAAAAUGGAUCACCAAACACAAUUCACGAGCUGGAGCUCGCCUGGAUCAGCAGCAGUUGAUUUCCUUCUUGCAAGAGCAGUACGAGCCAGUUUAUGCAAAAUGGACUACAGAAAGAUGUGCCAUUUGUAGAUGGGUUGAAGACUGGGAUGACAACAAAAUUAUUAUCUGUAACAGGUGCCAAAUUGCUGUCCAUCAAGAAUGCUACGGGGCAAAGAAUGUUAAGGAUUUUACUUCUUGGGUUUGUAGAGUCUGUGAAACUCCUGACAUUGAGAGAGAGUGUUGCCUCUGUCCAGUUAAAGGUGGUGCUCUUAAGCCAACCGACGUGGACAUGUUGUGGGUUCACGUAACAUGUGCUUGGUUUCAGCAGGAAGUUCUUUUCAGAAACCACGAGGCGAUGGAACCAGCCGUUGGAAUCCUUAAAAUUCCUCCUGAAUCCUUUCUUAAGACUUGCGUGAUAUGUAAACAAAUGCAUGGUUCGUGUACAAGUUGUUGCAAGUGUGCAACAUAUUUUCAUGUUAUGUGCGCGUCGAGAAUGGGAUAUAGCAUGGAAUUGCAUUCUGUUGAGAAGAAUGGGAAACAAAAAACACAGAAGCUAAUUUAUUGUAAAUUUCACAGGGUGCCAAAGCCAGAGGCCGUACUAGUUGUACAUACAGAUGAGGGAGUAUUCUCUCAAAAUAAGGAGGGAUGCUAUAAGGGAUCAAAUCUCGUUUCAUCAUCCAACAAUAUUGAACUCCUUGUUGAUUCAUCAAAAUCUCAUAGUUAUGAGGUUGAGCCACUCUCUGCUGCCAGGUGUCGUGUCUAUGUAAGGUCUUCCAAGAAGAGCGAUACUGUCCCAGUAAUGCACUUGCUUGGGGGUCCAAAUCUCCAUUCUUUAGAUGCUAUAGCUAAACUGGCCAGCAACGAGGAUGCUGAAGCAUUUUCUUCUCUAAAAGAACGUCUUCACCAUUUACAGAAAACUGAAAGCAGUAGAGUUUGCUUAGGAAAAUCGGGUGUCCAUGGAUGGGGCCUCUUUGCUCGAAGAGAAUUACAAGAAGGAGAAAUGGUUGUUGAGUACCGUGGCGAGCAUGUUAGGCGCAGUGUUGCUGAUCUGAGGGAAGUUAAGUAUCGUUUAGAAGGCAAAGAUUGUUAUCUGUUCAAGAUUAGUGAGGACGUGGUAAUCGACGCAACUGAAAAGGGCAAUAUUGCACGUUUGAUAAACCAUUCUUGCAACCCGAACUGCUAUGCAAGGAUAAUGAGUCUGAAUGAUCAAGAGAGUCGGAUUGUUCUUAUUGCCAAGACCGAUCUUUCUGCGGGUGAAGAAUUAACGUAUGAUUACUUGUUCGAUCCAGAUGACAGGAGUGAACUCAAAGUUCCCUGCCGAUGUGGAGCCCCCAAUUGUAGAAAGUUUAUGAACUAACUUCAGAUUGUUUGUGCAUGCAUGUGGAGCAAUUGCAGUUACCUUGGAGGAAAUAAUACCCUCUACGAUUUUGCAAUUCUUUUAAUUAUUUUUCACAAAUUCAAUGUAGUUUAUAUAGUUGUGUUGUACAAUAAUAAUAAGGGGAAAGUUUACCAGCCAUGAACUGGAUUCAUUUUUUGUAAUUUGCCACAUUGUUCUUGUAUACUGUAUUCAAUCCAUCUGACAAUUGGAAAGCAAUAUUGAUGUAUUAACUUGUACAAAGGAAAAUGCGAUGUUGUGGUCAACAGGGCAAGCAUUGAUUCUACUUUAUCUAUUUAGACAGCCUUUGGUUAAAUUUGACAAUUACGGCGGGAGUCAGAUCCAGAUACUUGGCUAUUGAGGACGAUCAA